AGCACAGAAACAUAUGGCAAGUGAAAGUGUAGAAAAACGUUUAAAUAGCACUUUAAAUGAAGCAACUGAUUUGACAAAUAAAGCUAUUAAUAUCGAGGCCGUAAAUAAUUUUUGUGAUUUAGUCAAUUCUUAUCAAGAUGGUUGCAGAUUUGCUGCAAUCUUAUUGUCAAAAAAGUUGAAUUCUGAUAAAGAAUGGGAGAUAUUACAAACCAUAAGCGUGCUAAAAAUGGCUGCAGAGAAAUGUGGUUCAUCAUUCCAUAAAGAAAUUGGGAUGUUUAGAUUUUUAAAUAAUUUAAUAAAGCUGAUUUUUCCAAAAUAUUUAGGAAACUUAACCAGUGAAAAAGUUAAAACUGAAAUAUGUAAAUUAUUAUAUAGCUGGACUACGAGUAUCAAUGAACCAAAAAUUAUAGAAGCUUUUGACAUGCUUAAGCAACAAAAUUUAAUUCCUUUCGUCAUAUCAAGUGAUUUGCAAAACAUUCCAGCAUCUAAACCAGAAAUACCUACUGUAAGCUCACCAAAUUCCAGAAUGCAUAAUUGUUUAGAUAUAGAUGAUAAGACAUCCAAGAAAUUGAACAGACUGUUGAAGAGUACUUGUCCCGACGAUAUAAAGCUGGCAAAUCAAUUAAUCAAAACGUUAGUCAAAGAGGAUGAAUUGAAGACAUUAAAGAAAGUUGCCAGGAGUACCGAACUGGAGUUCAUAAACAGCAACGUUAGAUUACUCCAAGAAAUGCUUACAUCUUCCAACACUAACGAGAUAACUGCUCAAGACAAAGAACUCAUGCGAGAACUUUAUACAACUUGCGUGAACAAAAAAGAAAAAUUAGUGACCCUGGUGGACGAAGUUGAUGAUUCCGAAGAUUCGUUGACUGAGAUAGUAGGCAUACACGAAGAAUUGACACGUUGCAUCAGCGAAUACAAAUUAGUCAUGGUAGGGCAAGAGGAACACACUCAGCCCCCCGCAACUUUCGCCCCUCGUAUUCCUGAUAACGACUGCUCCCUCCUCAUGUCUUCUACCAUUAAUACCAAAGCAAGAAAUUCCAACGACAAUUCGCCUCCUACCCAUGGUCUUGAACAUGAACCAGCUAAUAAUUCCAACCACCAAACAAAUAACAGUCUUCUGGUAGACCUUGGAAACCCACAUUUAUUGCCCCCAUCACGCCCCGGGGGUGACCCUUUUGAAACCGAGGACAACCCCUCCUGCGCAAAUGCCCGAUCAUCAGCUGCGCCCGGAAAUAACAUGGGAAUUUUGAGUUUUGAUGAUGUGGAACAUGUUAAACCAGUCAAAGAUGCUCGACACGAUCAUUCCUUGCUAGAUAUCGUAGAUAUCGAUGCUCCAAACGCGUUACCCCUCGCCACGCCAUCCUCUCGCAUAGGUGAUUCUAAUCAUGACCUCAUGACAGUUACGAAUAAUAGCGCUCACAAACCCAAUUUGGAUUAUGCGGAUAAAAUUUUUGGCCCGAACUUAGAUAACUUGCUCGAGGGAGAAGACCUCGAGGAUGUAUCCUUGAUCAAUCGCCCCAGCAACGUUGAAUUAUUACAAAGAGACGGGAUUGAAAAUUAUGAUAACGUAGGAGGAAACUCUAGGGGUAAAACUCCAUAUCCCAAAUCGCCAGCUAUGGAAGAUUUAGGCGAUAUUUUUAGUAUUCGUACUCACCCCAUAACCGACCGCGCUGUAAAGAGUGCUCACGGAUCUCAACAUUUCUCGGAUCCGAAAAUGGCUCAUUUUUUCGCUAAUGGGACACUCGGUGGCAUGGGUCAAACGAAUUAUGAUACCUUGAUUGGCGACGCUAAGUCACGCGAAUUGAAGAAAGAACGUGGCAAACAUGAAAUCAAAGCUCUUUCCAUGUCUUCUACUCCUGUCUCUUUCCAAUAUCCAUACAACCUAGAAAAUGGUUUCGAAAAUUUAUUAACGACCUCUUCUUCCUCCGCAUUCAAGGAUAGAAAGGAAUAUAAUACGAUGUUUUCUCAUUCCGAAAUUGGGGGGAGAAGCGGAGGUGGCGGCGCCAUUAAAUCUAGUAAAAGCAGCAGCAACACGACGACCACCGCCAAUCAUCUUAACAACGAUUUCGGUAACUUCGCCGAGCUCACUAAAAUAGCCCUCGGUUAUGGGUUAAACUCUGGCCGCCCAUUUCCUAGUCGGACGCUUCCCCCAACGCUGAACGAAGAGACCGCUCCCGUAAAUGGGGGCGAUGCGAUUGGCGCCAAUGAUAUUAUUCCUAAGAAGGAAGUCAUCAAGUCCACCAUAUCGAAUACCGCUUUGAAACACGAAGAGAGUAAAGAUGGGUUCGACACGAGAAUUGAAAUUGGCGGGGAAAACGCGCGCUAUAUCAGAGAGGAUGGGACAAAAUGGGCGGAAACGGAAGCGGAAAUGUUAGAAAAAAGGAUGAAAUAUUUCGAAAAUUAUCUAGCUAAACUGGAAAACUUGGAGCCCGAUCUCGAUUUUAAUCCCGUAACUUUGUACGAUAAAGACCAGAUCAAAAUACUUCUAUCCAAAGCUCUCGAUUCUUCCAUUCCUCCUAUUAGUGUUAGCCAGAAACUGCCACCGAAAAUCGGUAUCUACACACUCUCCCUGAUUAGCGUCAACAAAUACCCCAUUUCUCAAAUACUCUUUAAGAUCGACCUAUCCAGCAGUUCGGAAUAUCAUACGACUUCCAAACAUCGCGUUUUGUCCAAAUUGGUACCUGAGGAGUUUUCUCUUCCCGCCUUCAAUCCCUUGUUUCCACCGCCAUCUUUCACAGCCGUUCUAUACGUUAGCCAAAUCGAUGAAAAUUUAUCGAACCAAAAUGAUGUCCCAAAAAAUUCUAAGCUGAAAAUGGAUAUGGAAAUUUCUUACAAAAUCAAGGAUGAAAAGUCCAAGGCUUCCAUCAUUCUAGCAAACACUCUAUAAAGGAUACGCGAAGAAGUGUUGGGGAGAAGGAGGAAAAAUUUUUUUGUUUUGUUUUAUUCCAAAUAUGACGUUAGCAUAGGUUUAAAAUAUUUUAAUGAUAUUUCAUGUAUUUUCGCUAAUUGUACCUUAAUACAACCUGCAAUAUGUUAUUUUACAAACUUAUUUUAAAAUAAAAAUGCUUUCAUGUUCCUCAAAACAAAUGUUUCUAUAGCCAAUUUCUCUGUAUUAUUUUUGUUCUAAUUUAUUUUUUUUAUUGAACAAAUUAUUUAAUAGUAUUUAUUCUAUUACAUAAAACAUAUUUAUAAUAA